AUGGGUGGCUUAUAUGCUGUCGAAGACCGACCGACCCCGAAAGAGGUCUACAAUUGGCGACUCUUCGGUUAUAACUCGGCGUUUGUUAGUACGUUAAUCGCGCGCGCCAGUUCUAAGAGCGACUUUAGUAUUACGAAGGCUACAGCUGCUAGCAUCUCGAGCAACAUCACAUCUGCUGCAGUCUUAAUGACCGUCGCCACCUACCAGCUGUCGUUCAUCUAUAAGGCCUCCGUUUACGCCGGACGCGUACUUACAGGUCUCGGAUGUAGUGCCAUCACUGCCACUAUGCCAAGUUACAUUACUAAACUAUCCGAUCCUUCCAUCCGCGGCAUCCUGACUGGCCUGUUCGAGAUUGCGUACCAGAUCGGCUCAGUCAUCUGGAUUCUAAUGGCGAUCCAGCUCAUUCCCGCUGCGAUUUUGCUGGCGGGUGGCUUCUUCUUACACGAGAGUCCAUUAUGGUUAAUGCGUAAGGGACGUAAAGCAGAUGCAAGGGCAGCACUUAUACAACUUCGUCACCUUCUAGCCGAUUACGAGUACCUUCUAGAAGAUGUCAGGGAGAUGCAAGACAGACUAGAUAAAGAAGCGGCUAUCGUAGCACGCUACGGUAGUGGCACGUUUGCUUUCAUCCGGAGUUACCUUAACGAGCUAUCGUCACUUAGAGUCUCGGACAUACCACUCUACAUAGGUGUCUAUAGAUUGGUUAAGGCCAUCGCAUCAAUCAUAUACUACAUCUUCUUUAUUAAUAUGCUUAGCCGCCGUAGCCCUGUGUUAGUUACUUCGGUCUUUAUUAGAGCAUACGUUAAGGUCGGUCAUCCCGCAGAUGCUAUUACUGCUAGUGUACCCGUAUCGGCGUCCACCGCGGCUGGAGGUCGUGCUGCUAUCGGCAUAAUCAUAAUUUACUCUAUUUUCUGGUCUUUCGGUCUUAACGGUAUUCCCUGUAUUGUAUCGGCCGAGAUCUUCCCCGGAUCCCUCAGAGUUUUCACAGGAGCAUACGCUGCACUCUGUCAAUGGCUAGUCUACAUAGAUGCUGGCAGCGACGAUUUGGACAUAUUCCUCAUACCUAAGACCAAGGGUCUAACUAUUGAUUAG